GUUGAGUUUACGAAAACUGUCUCGGCUGCGCAUCCAACAAGCCUCAACUCGUCGCUCGUGACGGCCUGGUCCUUAUGUAUUGCAUGCCUUUCUGCUACCCACAUACCGGGGUGCAUCAGAUGACACGAAGAACCCAGCCUGUGUAGUUGAGGGCUGCACAGAAGACGCAGUUGCUUCCGCGCCCUGAGGCGAGCACAUUUGAGUGACGCAGCGCACGCAGCACAGCACAGCACAGAAAACACCUGUGCCGCAGGCGGUCUAUCCUUUUCGUCAGCUUCCCUUCAGGAUGGCCGCCCCAAGAUGCAAGGCGGGCUACAAAAAGAAAGACGGUAUCAUCACCCUCACGGGCGACCAGGCUUCUGUCACCUGGACACCACUGCCCGGCACCGGCACCCCUACCGUUUUGUUGCCCAUCCUCAACAUCACAAAUCUCCAAAAGACCCCGGACAGUGCUCCCAAGGUUAUGCUCAAGAUAUUUGUCAAGGACCCCAAUACUGAGGGCGAUCCGGUGCCUUAUCUCUUCCACUUUAACUCCCCGGAGGAUCCCAGAUCAGAAGCCAAUGCAAUCAAGGACAUCUUGUCCAGGCUGAUAACUGAGGUCCGCAACGCUGAUCCCUCAGUGCCAAAGCCCACAACCCCAGCCCCGGCAAACGGAACGCCUGUCAAUGCUCCAGAUCCCAAGGCAACCGCUGCUUACUUGUUCGAUGACAACCACCUCAAACUGGACAUUGAGCUGCAGCAGGCCUUGCUGAGGAAGGAUGGCGAGCUGCACAAGACUUACAUGGAUGCUAGGGCUACCAAGCCGGACAGUAUCGGUGACGCCGCCUUCAACAACCAGUUCUGGUCCACCCGUACCAACCUCCUCCGCGCCUUCGCCAUCGAAGUCAAUCAGAAGCGAGGCUCAUACAACAUAUUGCCCACCUUCAAAACCAAGACCAUCCAGGAUGCCGAGACGGGCCAGGAGAGGGUCGAGCUCAACCUUCACCAGGCCGAGAUCCUUCAGAUUUUUAACCAGCAUCCUAUCGUCAAGAGGGCAUAUAAUGAGAACGUCCCCAAGCUGAACGAUAGCGAGUUCUGGUCAAGGUUCUUCCUUUCCAGGCUCUGUAAGCAGCUCAAGGGUGAGCGGGUGUCAGAUACGGACAGGCGCGACCCUGUCUUUGACCACUAUGAUGCCUCCGAGGACCGCAGCGCCUAUGCGAACAAGAUCCUGGCAGCACACGUCCCUCACAUCAUUGAUGUCGAGGGCAAUGAGGAGAACACAGGCUUCGUCAAGAGCGGCAACCGCAAGGACAUCGAGAUGCAGCCCAAGAGGAAUAUACCCAUAAUUCAGGUCCUGAACGCGACCAGCGAGAAGCUCCUCUCCAACGUUGCCCCAACGGAUGGGGGCGCGGGGGACGCACCGGCUGCCGAGGAUACGACGUGGCGGGAGCUGGCGCUUCGCGACCUGAGGGCGGACAACGAGGAGAACAGGAUCAUUCUCAACGUCAAGGAACAGGGCCGUUUCUUUGCAGAGCACAACGUGUCCAGCUCUGUCGACGACAAGGUUUAUCAGCAACAGGUUCCCUCCGUGGUCAUAAGUGAAGUCUCGUCAGACAUUGAUCUGCUACAGGGCGACUCAUCUGGCGGAGUUGAUCUGCACGGCAGCAUCGGCAUUGACGACGGUAGCGACAGCGAUGAGGAUGCGCCCAAAAAGCCGCACGUGGGAUCCCGGGCAGCAAGGAAGGCCGCACAAAAGCAGGUGCUCACAGGCUUAGCCCAGAGCCGGGCGGAGCAGUACGGACACAGUUCGGACGAGAACACCCCCAUGGGAAUACCAAAAGAUCUCAAGGACAAGUGCAAGCUCACAAAUGCAACCACGAACGAGUUUCUCAAGCAAUUUUGGAACGCGUUCUUGUCGGGAGACCCGGACCGGGCUCAAGAGCUGGGAUACCAUGUGGACUCGCUGAGGAGAUCAAUGACACGCAUCACAGCGAUAGCGGACGAAGCUGAGCAGCUCAGGAAUAAGCUAAUUGAGGAGGAGAGGAGGAAGAUUAGGGAACACUACCAGAAGACGCGGAUCAAGCAACGCUUCAAGGCAGAUUCGGUAGGUGGUGGUCGGGCUGCUGUCAUGACGCUAUUGGGCCCGUCCAUGGCAGCACUGGUGAAAGCGGAGGGCCUAUAUAAGGCAGCGCUGGAGCAGGAGGGCAUCACUUUAUCUACGGAGAACGACUAAAAGUGCGGACCAGAGAGCCGCGUUCUUGAACGUUGGAAUUACAAUGUACGGGAAGAGCGAGAUGAAGGAUCAAAGGCCCGAGUAUGCAAUCAACGAAGCCGGCGGGAGGCUCAUCAGAGCGAUCGUGCCCAUCGUAUCCAUGUUGUAUGAUCAUGCCAAUGGAGAGGUCAAAGAGGAGAAGUCGCCCCUGCUCAGUCGGUCACCAGGACAGAGCCGUUUCAUAUGGGAUGCGCGUGCGUUGAGCACACCGGUUGGUUGGAAUGUGCCUGGGUUCAUGACGUGGAAAAGACGCAAGACAAGGGCAGGUAGCCGUUUUUACGCAUGCUAGAUCAUUUAACAAACAUCUCUGGCCUCUAAA